AUGCUGCGCACAUCUACGGUCACUACGCGCGCGCGCACCGCUCGCGUCGUCCCUGCCUCGCCCUUCGACCUCAUCACCAAGCCGAGCCGAUCGUUCUCAUCGUCGUCGACCAGCAACAAGCAGCAACUCGUGAUUCUUGGGUCUGGGUGGGGCGGGUACGAGCUCCUGCGCAAGGUGGACCGGCGGCGGUACGACGUGACUGUCGUCUCGCCCAACUCGUACUUUGCCUUCACGCCCCUCCUCGCCGGCGCAGCAGUCGGCACCGUCGACUACAACUCGACUCUCGAGCCCGUGCGCGCCUUCCCCGACGCGCGCUACUACCAGGCCUGGGCCGACAAGAUCGACUUUGCCAACAAGCGGCUCACAGCCAUGCCCGCCACCGGCUCGGCCCUCCGCAAGCGCCUCAACGCCGAGACGACCGACGAGUCGAGCGAGGCGCUCAAGCCCGCGACGAGCUUCCCUGGGUUCAAGCCGUUCGAGCUCAAGUACGACAAACUCGUCAUUGCCGUCGGCUGCUACUCGGCGACGUUCGGCAUCCCGGGCGUGAGCGCGCACGCCUACUUCCUCAAGGACGUGCGCGACGCCGCCAAGAUCCGCCAGCGCAUCCUCGAGUGCUUCGAGCUCGCGUGUCAGCCGACCGUGACGGACGACGAGCGCAGGAACCUGCUCAACUUUGUCAUUGUCGGAGGAGGACCGACCGGCGUCGAGUUCGCCGGCGAGCUUCACGACUUUCUCACGUCCGACCUGACGAGGGCCUAUCCGCAAGUCGUCGACCUGUGCAAGAUAUCUAUCUACGACGUCGCGCCGGGCAUCUUGGGCUCGUUCGACAAGUCGCUCCAGGAGUACGCCGAGGACAAGUACGUGCGGCGCGGGAUCGCGAUCAAGGGCAACCGCCACGUCGAGUCUGUCGACGAGGGCGUCUUGCACGUCAAGGAGGAGGGCGCCGUCAAGUUUGGGCUCGCCGUGUGGUCGACCGGGCUCGCCGCCAACCCGCUCAUCGACUCGAUCAGCGAGCUCGACAAGGACGACAAGACGCACAGCCUGCGCAUCAACGACUCGUUCAACCCCUCGACCAAGGACGGCAAGGUCGUGUCGGACGUGUACUGCAUCGGCGACGCGAGCGCGCUCGAGAACAAGCUCCCGCCGACGGCGCAGGUCGCCUCGCAGGAAGCCGCAUGGCUCGCUCGCAUCCUCAACGCCGAGGUCAAGCAGCGAGCGCCGCCAGGAGCCUUCAAGUUUAACAACCAGGGGACGAUGGCGUAUCUCGGCGAGUGGACGGCGAUCGUCGACCGGAGCAAGGCGGACGGCCCCCAGGGCGAGCUCACCGGCCGAGCAGCGUGGUUGCUCUGGCGCAGCGCCUACCUCUACAAGUCGAUGUCUUUGCGCAACAUGGUGUCGCUGUCAUAUCACUGGGCAAUGUCUGCGAUUGCAGGGAGGAGGCUCAGCCGGUUCUAGGUCCGAGCGCGUGUCAUAUCAUACUCUGUCGUCCUCUCG